AUGGGGAACACACAAGGAAUGUUAUCUGAGAAGGAACAGAAAGAUCUGCUACAAGCAUCUAAUUUUAGUGAAACUGACAUUAAAAAAAUGUAUAAAAGAUUCAUUGAACUAGAUACAAAUAAAAAUGGAGAAUUAGAUCCGAAUGAAUUAUUCGAUGUUCCUGAAAUAUGUGAUAAUCCUUUGGUGAAAAGAGUUAUAUCAAUAUUUGAUUCCAAUUCAGAUGGAAAGGUUUCCUUUGUUGAAUUUUUAGUUGGAAUAACUAAACUAGCAUCAAGCACUGAUGAUUUUCAAAAAAAAAAAUUUGCUUUUGACGUUUAUGAUAUUAACAAAGACGGGAUGAUUUCUAAUGGAGAGUUAUUUACUGUGAUGAAAAUGAUGGUUGGAAAUAAUUUAAGUGACAUACAAUUACAACAGUUAGUAGAUAGAACUAUUAUACAAGCAGACAAGGAUGGUGAUGGAAUGAUUUCAUUUGAAGAAUUUAAAGAUAUGAUAUCACACAUGGAUGUUGGAAAUAAAUUGAAACUAGACUUAUAA